GCGGCGGGCGGGGAUGGCGGAGCAGUGGGAUCUGGACGAGGAGGGCAUCCGCCGCCUGGGGGCGCUGAGCUUGGAGCAGCCGGAACUGGUGGAGUCUCUUUCAUUGCAGGGAUCUUAUGCUGGAAAAAUCCAUUCCAUUGGUGAUGCCUUCAAAAAUUUUAAAAAUCUCCGAUCCUUAGAUUUAUCAAGGAAUUUGAUCACUAGCCUAAAGGGCAUCCAGUAUUUAUGCUCCCUCCAAGACCUGAAUUUAUAUUAUAACAACAUUCCUUCAUUAGUGGAAGUGUCCCGUCUACAGCCUUUACCCUUCCUCAAAGAACUAGAUUUGAGACUUAAUCCUGUUGUCAGGAAAGAUACAGAUUACAGACUCUUUGCUGUAUACACGCUACAAACUCUGGAGAAACUGGAUGACCGAACUGUACGUGAAAGUGAGAGAAAAGCUGCCAAGCUGCAUUUUAGUCAGUUGGGCAACAGUGAAAAUUUUCUUUUAGAGGUGGAUAAAAGCUCUAGGGAGAAGGCAAUGAAAACCUGUGUGACAGAUGAAAGUUCUGCAUCAAAAGUCAAUGCUGAUGUUGACACCAGGAUUGAAGCAGACUCAAACAAAGGACUUUUUAUUUCCUUCCCCAACCGGGAAAUAAAAGAUUCCCUAACAUGUCCUUCUGCAACCCAGGGCAAUGACACACCAGAUCAGAAAUUGGACACUUUCCCACCAGGUACACAGAUGCAGGAAGUGGCAAGAAGGGAGAUGCCAAGUGACAAUCACCAGGAAGAUGAAUUCAGACACUACUCGCCUCGUCAGUCCACAGUUCGAUCCCCAGAGAAGAUGACUAGAGAAGGGUACCGAAUAUCUUUUUUUGACAAUAAAUCUUCAGGUUCUUCUCCAGAAAAAGACUUGAUACCCAAACCUGAUAUGUACCAGCUUACCCACGAUGCCUCCUUGAGUAAACGUCUGGAUGUGGGUGAUUCUAGCCAGAUCCAUCCUUAUCCAUUACCUUCAGAUGUUGGUCUAGAAAAUUAUGAUAGUCAUUAUUCUCAAAUUUUAUCCAUGCACGGAAGUCUUGGUAAAAAACAUCAGAGAAGCAAGAACUAUCGAGAAUAUCGCAUAAAGCCUUCAAAUGAUAUAAGGGCCACCGCAUCCCACUCCUGUGGAGACUUACAGACUUCUCUGUCAAACCCUGACUCCAGCGCCGGAAGGCUUUUGAAACUUAGUUCAGAUCUGUAUGCCGCAACCCAUUUCAACAGUGACCCUGCUCUGCUGGUCAAUGUAGAGCAACAAUUAUCCACCAGCCUUGGGGAUUUAAUACCAGCACACGGUUCUUUCCCAAACAACUCUGUCCUGGGAAACAGGACAGCUCCCCUGCGGACACUGCUGUUGCCUCCUGGGACUUCAGAAGACAGAGAGAUUUUGACCAAAAGGUCAUUAAGCCCAUCAAGGAGAGGAUUCAAACGGAAGGACAAUAUCUUUGCCAGCCUGAAUCCAAAGCAUGGUUCCAGAGAUGCUGCAGGCAGUGAGCCUCUCUCUAGUGAUCUGGGCAGUUUGCAUGGUUUGCCUGGAAACCACAGUCCCCCAAUCUCGGCCAGAACCCCCCAUGUGGCCACUGUCCUCAGACAGCUCCUGGAGCUUGUGGAUAAGCACUGGAGCGGCUCUGGGUCCCUCCUCCUGAACAAGAAGUUCCUUGGUCCUGCUCGAGAUUUGCUUCUGUCAUUGGUAGUCCCGGCUCCUUCUCAGCAGUGGAAUCAUUCAUAUCCUGAAGAUAUGGCCAAAGCCUUGCACAGGAGGGAGCUUGAACUGAAGGAGACUGGGCAGUUGGUCCCUAAUGACAUGGACACUUUGAAGCAAAAACUGGUCAGAGUGUUAGAGGAAAACCUUCUUUUGUCAGAAAAAAUCCAGCAUUUGGAGGAAGGUGCUACCACCUCUGCUGUGAGUGGGCACCAGUCCCCUGCUUAUGAGGAUCUUCUACGAAAAAACCAACAGCUGACCAUGCAAGUGGCUUGUCUGAACCAGGAGCUUACCCAGCUGAAAAAGCUAGAGGAGACAGUUGCCCUUCUCCACGAAAGUCAGAGAUCCCUGGUGGUAACUAAUGAGUAUCUGCUGCAGCAGCUGAACAAAGAGCAAAAAGGUUAUUCUGGGAAAGCGCUCCUGCCUCCUGAGAAGAGUCAUCAUUUGGGGAGAUCUUCGCCCUUUGGGAAAAGCACUCUGUCUUCCUCCUCACCAGUGGUGCAUGACACUGGUCAGUAUCUAAUACAGAGUAUUUCAGAUGCUGUCCCAGAGCCUGGCUUAUGGAGCUAGCAUGGCACACCGCUCUGCAGCCUCCCUCUCAUCCACAGGGCUCUCAAUGCCAGUACCACCAUGGUGGUGGUAUUUACCCACAAAGAUUAAGAAAAAUACAUAUUCUGAUUA